AUGAGAGCAUUUCUCUUGAUCGGUGUGAUUGAGUUUUACCUUGUUGUUACUAACUUAAGUAUCGUUGUAUCACUGGUUUCAAACAAUUGGAAUUUGAAAGUAGAUUCUUCAUUUUUGAAUGAAAAUUUGGAGCUAUGGAUUAAACCGCGGAUUGUUUUGAAAUGGAAAACAUCAAUCAUUGGUUUCUCAAGCAACGAAGAAAUCAGAAUUCGCCAGCAGAUCCAACAGGCGUUUGAUCAUUGGAGCGUCUAUCCCAAUAUCAACUUUCGUGAAACAUUGGAUAACAAUGAGGUUAACUUCAACUUAACUUUUAUUGCUAAGUCUGAUGAACAGAAUAUUUCCUUGAACGAAGUUAAAGUAAUUUUCAUGCAUACAAUUGAACCGUUCUCUGCAAAUAUUCUAUUGGAAAUAAACAAAGAUGCUUACAAUAUCAAUGAUUCAUUUUUCAAUAAUUCCAAUGCAAUAAUGAAGUAUUAUAUAGGAUAUACUCUUGGAAUCGAAUAUCUGGACGAUAUAUUAUUAGAUCACAUCGACACAACAAUAGUUUUACCUUCUGAUCAAACUAGAUUUACACGAGCGAUUACAACAGCUACUGAGACAGACUAUGAACCUACCAAAUCCCGAAUGGAAAAAGGACGUUACGUGAAUUCAUUCAAUUCGAAAUUUAAACUUCCUAGUCUAUCAGUUACAUUGAGAUGGAAAUUUCUGGCACGAAAAAAUACGCGUUUACCGGCCAAGAGAAAAGAGCUCGAUGAUAUUUUACCAGUAAUCCGACAUUCUAAAUCGGAAGAUUUGUAUCGCACCAGACACGGUAUACGAUUUAUCUGGAUUGGACAUGCUUCAAGUUAUGUUCAAUUGAAUAAUUUUCGGUUUCUUCUUGAUCCAAUAUUCAGUAAUCGAUGUGGUAUCGGUUCAUUAAUUGGCCCAAAACGAUUUCGUCCGCCGCCAUUGACAGUCGAUGAUCUACCAGAUAAUCUCGAUGCCGUAUUUAUUUCACAUAACCAUUUUGAUCAUCUCGAUUAUACGAGCGUUAAAAGUUUAAAUAAACGAUUUAGUCAACAACUGACAUGGUUUUGUGGGCGAGGUCUUCGAAAAUGGUUUCUCAAACAUGGCGUAAAGAAUGUCAUUGAACUCGACUGGUGGGAAACUCAUCAUUUUUCAGAGAAAAACGUCAGCAUUGCUUUCUGUCCAGCACAACACUGGAGUGGUCGUGGUCUAACGGAUAUAAACAAAUCUCUUUGGGGUGGAUUCGCUAUCUGGGAUAGGAAACAUAAGUUCUACUUCGCUGGUGACACUGGCUAUACGCACAAUAUCUCAAUCUUUCGGCAGAUUGGUAGAAAGUAUGGUCCAUUUGAUCUAAGUGCUAUACCAAUUGGUUCGUACGAACCACGUUGGAUGAUGUCACCUCAGCAUGUUUCGCCAGCCGAAGCUGUUCAGAUACAUAUAGAUAUUCGAUCGAAGCGUUCAAUCGGAGUGCACUGGGGCACAUGGGCGUUCGCUAAUGAAUAUUUCAUGGAGCCGAAAAGUAAACUUUCGGAAGCGGUAGAAAACAAACAACUUGAUCCAUCGUCAUUUAUUGUAGUCAAGCAUGGCGAGGUUUUCGAUGUACUCUAA